AUGGAUGGGAACAAGGACGAUGCGUUGAAAUGUUUGAGAAUCGGCAAAGAGGCGUUAGAAAACGGCGAUCGUUCACGCGCGUUGAAGUUCGUGACGAAGGCGAGCCGCCUCGAUCCCACGCUCCCCGUCGACGAUCUAUUGUCUAAAAUAGAGGCGGACACAGGGGAUCAGCCCCCUGCCGCGGAGGCGGCGGAGCCCACCAAGUCCCCCGAUCAGCCUUCUAUCCGCCGAAGGGCCACCACAUCGGCGGGCCCAGCGGGUUCCUCAUCCUCCUCGUCUGCCUCGUCCUCUUCGGCCACAUAUACCGAAGAACAAGUUUCAAUUAUCAGAGAAAUUAAGAGGAAGAAAAACUUUUAUGAGAUAUUGGGGUUAGAGAAAAGUUGCACUGUUGAAGAUGUGAGGAAGUCUUAUAGGAAACUGUCUCUUAAGGUUCAUCCCGAUAAGAACAAAGCCCCUGGCGCUGAGGAAGCGUUCAAGGCUGUGUCAAAGGCGUUUCAGUGCCUUAGCAAUGAAGAGAGUAGGAGGAAGUAUGAUGUUUCCGGUGAAGAUGAAUCGAUUUACGAGCGGCGUGCCGCGAGACCAGCUGCAAGGGGUUAUAAUGGUUACUAUGAAAAUGAUGUUGAUGCUGAGGAGAUAUUUAGGAACUUCUUCUUUGGAGGAAUGACCCCAGCAGCCAAUUUUGGAGGAUUCAGUUUUGGACCAGGUGGUUUCAAUGGUUUCAAUGGUCAUAGGCCUGCCGAACAUGCUUCUGGUGGUUUUAAUGUUCGUGCUUUAAUUCAGUUGCUGCCGGUUCUACUCAUAUUGCUAUUAAACUUUUUGCCUUCGUCGGAUCCCUUGUACUCGCUGUCGAAGAGCUAUCCCUAUGAACAUCGGUUUACUACACCUAAGGGUGUUAACUAUUAUGUCAAGUCUACAAAGUUUGUUCAGGAUUAUCCGCCGGAGAGCGAAGAACGAGCAGUACUUGAAGAAAGGGUGGAGAGGGAGUACUUCAGCGUUCUCCGCCAGAAUUGUCAUUUCGAGUUGCAGCGCCGCCAAUGGGGGUAUAUCCGGGAAACACCGCACUGUGAUAUGCUGCGGAAGUUUGAGUUGGUGAAUUGA